GCUUAAAUAAAUGAUGCAGAGAAUGAAUCCGCAAGGAAAUUAAGCAAAACCGUGUAGGUCCCUCCCACAGUUCAUAGGAAUCAUCAUCAUAAUACUUCUAUUUCUACUUGUCUCAUGUCAUAUCAAUAUCAUAUGGUAUAUGAUGGCGAAUGAAGAAAGUAAUACCAGUUCCAGAAUUGAUGAACAUGAACAAGUUUACGAUGUUUUCCUCAAUUUUAUUCGAUCUGAUACUCAAAUGAGUUUCUCGGGUAAUCUGUUUAAUGCUUUGCGCAGCAAGAGAUUCAAAACCUUCAUGUAUAACGACAGCUUCAGGACUGGUAAACAAAUUUCUUUCACUGUUGUCAGAGCAUUGAAAAGGUCAAGGAUUGCAAUCGUUGUUUUGUCAAAAGAUUAUCCGAAAUCCGUAUUUUGUCUUCAGGAACUUGUCAUGAUACUCAAGUUAAAGCUAUUGGUUUUCCCAAUCUUUUAUGAAGUUGAUCCUUCUGAGGUAAGAUACCAAAAAGGUAGUUAUGGCGAUAUCUUUGCUGAUCAUGAAAAUAGGCAUAAAUUGGAGAAGUUGGAAAUAUGGAGGUCAGCUUUGUAUGGAGUCUCCUGCAUACGCGGAUUGCAUUUCAAAAAUCGGGUUCUAGAAAAAUGCGAAUAUGAAAUAAUUCAAGAGGCCGUGGAAUGGGUUUCCAACACUAUGACCCGCUACGGUGUUUUUCUUAGUUCUAAGGAAGAAGAUACCCGCUACUCUUUUUGUGGUUAUCUCUACAAUGCUUUGAAUCAAGAGGGAUUCAAAAUCUUCAUGAAUGAUAAUGGAUGUAAGGAGGAGGGGACCCAAAGUUCACAUUCUCUUGUUACAACACUUAAAAAAUCAAGACUUUCAAUCAUCGUUCUCUCUAAAAACUUUGCAUAUUCUUCCUUGUGUCUUGAUGAACUUGUCACCAUCCUCGACUUCAUGAAGAACAACCAACUACUAGUUUGGCCUAUUUUUUACAAAGUUGAACCAACGGACAUAAGACAUCAGAAAAAUAGUUAUGAAAAAGCUAUGAGUGAACAUGAAAAUAAAUAUGGAAAGGACUCAAAGAAGGUGAAAAUGUGGCGAUUAGCUUUAUUUGAAGUCGCAAACUUAAAAGGAUGGCACCUCAAAUACGGCAGGUACGAAUAUGAGCUUAUUGAAAAAAUUGUGGAAAUGGCCAUUAAAAUUUGACUUGCUUGUAGUAACCAUUGCCAAGUAUUUGCUCUGGUAUAUAGUUCCACUAAUCAAUUCAACAAGUGUGACGAUUUGUAAGCAAAAUGGUCUGUAAGCAAAACACUACUUGAGAAUUUGAUACUAGUACUAGUUUUUGUAAUAAUAAUAACUGAAGACAGUGUUGUGUUGGACGCGUAUCAUGUACAUGGUUAUAAGACUUAAGUGUUGUGUUGGACGCGUAUCAUGCGCAUAUGAUUAUAAGACUUUAGUGUUUAAUACUUUCAGCCUGACUUAUUUUACAAACAUGUAUAUAGGACUAGUACUAUUUUAUGUGUCUUUUGGGAAAAUGGAGGUCCAGGGUGCUAAUGGGAGAGCCAACGGUUUGCUGACAGGUCUUAUUACUAGGUGUAAGUGUAACAUGCAACUCACGACCUCUCCAUGCAAUUCUCGGAAUUCAUCUGUCAGGUGGCAGAAUAUCUCUCUGUUGGCACACCAUCCUGAGUCAGAGGUUAACUGAUUCUCAGAUUGUUAGUUAAGGAACUUGGGAAUGGGUGGUUGACAUCCUUAUAGCAUGAUGAGUGGAUUGAGGAAGGGUUGCUAUGCCAUCGAUUUUCAAAGUUUUAUUUGAUUACAGAGAAUCAGAACUUGGUGGCGGUCAAUGCAGAACACUGAUUACAUGACACUUGGGUAUGGAACCUCAAGUAGAAUCUGUACCCAUUUGAAUAUUUAGUAUUACUCCGUCCUUAUUUAUAAGCAAAAAUUCUUUUGUUAAGUUUAUUGAAUAAUAAAUGUAUCUGGUCUACUAUUUAAUGAAACUAAAAAAAACGGAGGAAGUAUUUGUUAGUUUAACUUACUUUCAUGCUUAAUGCAUAAUAACAACUUUUAAUAUAUUAUACAAACUUGAAUAUGUGCCUUUUAAGUACUUAUAUUUGGAUUAUACAGUGAAACCUCGUAGGAUUAGUAUAUAUAAGCCUUUACUUAAUUCUCACCGAAAAAGACUCAGGUCUUGGAGAAAUAGAUUUCCUAGCCUUAGUGAGAGAAUCUUCAUGCUAAAUUCUGUCCUGAACUCCUUCACUGACGUUUCUGCAAUUCAUCUUGUUGUGAAAAUGAUGCUAUUCUUUACUUUCUCUUUAAUCAAGAUUAAAAGAAUAACAAAUAACUCUCUUAGUUUAAAUUAGGAUUUACAGUAUGCAAGCUAUUUAUAAUAAAUCUAACAUACUAAACUAAUGUGUUUUUUCACAAAUACCCAUUACAAGCCAAUUUAGGAUAUUAGUUAACUUAAAUAAUUGGACAUAACAAACAGACCCAAUCCAAAAUUCUAACAACCCUAACAUUUUGACACCCACAUACUAGAACAACUUUGACAAAAGUACGUAGGUCUUCGACACAUUCUCUGUAGAAACAAAAAGUUAUUUUUCAACCCAUUAGAGUUCGAUCCAAUUCUCACAUCUACCUACUAUUUCCUAGG